GCUAUAGGCAACACAGCAGUGAGAGAAGUGCUCCACUCCUGAUGAUGAGGCGUAGGCUCCCCUGGGUGCUCUCUGCCCUGUUCCUGCUGUUUCCGGGGAAAGCCCUGGCAGCGGCUUCAGGGACAAGUGGUGGCAACAGCAGCGACGAUGUUGCCGUGAGCCUCCUGGUCUGCCUGCUGCUCCUUCUUAUCCUUGCGCUGUUCCUAGCGUGGCGGCGGCUGAACCGUGAGACAGAAGGAAGAUACCACCCCUGGCGCCUGAUGGAGGACCUGGUCCUCCGCUGGCAGGAGCUUUGGGGGGAGGCACGUGCCGAGGAGCUGUCCCAGGGCUACCAGGAUGAAAUGCAGAGUGAUGAAGAGCUGGGGGAGCAACAGCGGCAGUGUGAUGACGAUAUGGAGGAGGAGGAGGAGCAGCAGCAGCAGCAGAAACAGCAGCAGCUGGCAGGCAGCGAGGAAGAGGAAGAGGAGAGGCAGGUGAUAAUCCAUGAGAGCGUCGACUUUGAGCCUCUCCAAGAGGCAGGGAUGCAGGAAGAUGGGGCGUCGAGGGCAACGGAGGGCAGUGCAGAAGCCCUCCUUAGCGGGCUGCAUUCCUUCUCUGGGACAGCCACCUGGGAAGACAGCAGCAAACAGUUGCACGUCACUGCUCUCUAGGUGCUGCUGGACUCCCCGCAGAGAUCAUGCUGGACAGAAGCAGUGCUCGGCUGCAGCCUCGUCAGACAACCGCCACAGAUUUGAGUCCCACGGACAUGGCGGGGGCUGCUCUUGCCUUGCUUUGCCUCGCUCCCCCUUCUUGUUUUCGCUUGUGCCCUUGCUUCUUCUAGCCUCUGUCCAGAAGGGGCAGGCUGAUUUUUGUUUCUUCUUUUUUCUUUUUUUAAAAAAGUACCUUCCCUCUGACAAUAAAGCAAAGGGGAGACUGGGUGA